AUAAAACGUUGUGGAUAUAUCUCAAUAGAUCCGUGCCUUGAAGAGACAAAGAAGACCUGGAGUAAAGCCUCACAAAGCUGUAACUUAUUGGUAUCCAACACAGCUCUCCCUGUCGGUGUUCCCAUUACAGAUAUCCCUGUUCUCAAGCACAGAUCUUCUUUGUCUGAGGAUGUUCAUUGGAUAGGGGCAACAGGAACAUUCACAGCAUGGUUUGAAUUCGCAGGAUGCAACCUGUAUUUUAAGUUCUCAUUCACUAAACAAUGGAUGCCCCGUUCAAAACUUGGUCCUGUGGCUCAAUGUCAUCUAAUAUGUGAAAACUGGAGGAACAACUACAAAGAAAUCGGAAUAAACGAAACUCAUUGCUUUUGCGCAGGUUAUAAUAAUACGGUUGUCAUUAAAAAGUUAACCUGUGAUCAAAACAAUUCAAAAAACUUCAAGAACGACUUAAUCGGAACUGGUACCGAUCAGAGAGUGGGAAGGGGAAAUUAUGUAUUUGCCUCAUACAGGAAAGUUAGACUAACUACAAAAAUAGAUGACACAUUAGACGAGUGUCUGCUGGAGACAAAUGAAGGAUAUAAGACGUAUCCUUGUGAUUCAGCAGAUAUUACACAACGUACAUGGAUUCAAAGAUAUCGAAAUGAGAUAAAAAAUAACGGUCUUUCAAGAUGGACCCCUUAUGUCCGACGAUUAAUUAUCAGCUGGACGAAAGAUAGCAGUGCUGUACAGAAUACUUCAGUAUGUAUCGCGGUCCGUGACCAGAAUGGAUCUUAUGAACCGUUACCUCGACGCUGUGACGAAACUCAUACCUCCAUAUGCAAGAAUGCUGACUCAACGACAGGAACAAAUACACCGAGGACGUCAAAUUCUAACUUUGAAACAGAGAGAGGACAAACAACGGAUGUUCAUCAGAUAGAAGAUAGAACUACAUAGCAUACCACAAGCUCUGAUCUCAGUUCAUCUAUGAGGCACACGACAUUUGUGCACAACAUAGCAUCUACCACUCCCUUUAAUCACCACAAGGACCAGGACGGAACAACUACAUCACGUACUACAAGAUCUAGUUACGGUACAUCGAGGAGACAAACGACCUUUUGGCACCGAAUAACGGACUCAUCUCCUGAUGAUCUUCAGAAUGACAACAAAGUGUCACCGGAUUCCAAACUGCCUCUGAUCAUUGGAAGUGUCCUAGGAGGCCUCCUUUGUAUCUUUAUUGUCGUAAUUAUCACCGUCAUUUUCAUCAAGAGAAGGCGUCCAAAUAGAAAAGAGAAAUAUCACCCUGCUCCUACAGAGAAAGUUCAUUUCAGUGAAAUGAAAGAAGACAGGAAACCACAUUUAUCAAUGGAGAAAGAAGAACCAUCACCGAAUGUAAUCACAACAGACUACGAUACUAUGAUGUCCGUCAAAAAAAAGAAGAUAACUGAUGACUCUGAGGAGUAUGGGAAGUUACUGCCUAAUGGUGAGACAGACGUGUAUAAUCACACCUGGGAUAAACCAAUCACAGAACAGUUUACAGAUCACGUGUAUAGCUCGACAAUAUCCGGAAAUGACGUAAACGUGUAUGAUCACACUGUUACUUGUAAUACAGUUAUAACUAAAGAUACUGAAGAGAAAAGAAAAUAUUAAACAGAAAUGAUGACAAUUUGUAUGAUCACACAGAUACUAAUAAUACAGAGUUAACUGAAGUCAGUGAUGAGAAUAGAACACUGUCAACUGGAAAUGAUUCAUUGUAUCUUAACAUAAGCUAAAUAUUUGACAAAAUCGAAUGGUGGAAAGUAUGGCUAACCGAUAUUAAAUGCUAGUAACACCGGUAGUUUCUUCAUAUUUGACCACCAUAUGGAAUAUGCUAACUUACUGAAGUUCUCAACUAAGAAUUUUGGCCUAAUUGCAUACAAAACAAUGUCUAUAAACCUUUAAUAAAAAAAUAUUAGACAAACCAUUUAUUUUAGAAAUUAUUAAUUAUCACUCACUUUUGGGAAGUUUAAUUACGUCAGGUUUUGUUUUGCAUUAAUAUCUUUUCAAUUUUGAAUGUUAAAGAUUUCAGGGAUAUACUUUUAUUAUUUAUGUGAAAAAAAGCGGGGUUCGCUUUAUACAUAAAAUAUCAAUUAAUUAACUAAUCACCCUCUUUCCCAUUUCAUAUAUCAAAAUAAAGUAUACACUUGGUGCUUUCAUUUCCUAUAAUAACAUUUCUUUUUGAGAAUCAAGAUAUUGGAAAACAGGCUUUGAGAAAUUGCAAUGUUCUUGAAAUUUGCAGAAAACAUGUGUAUUUGACUACCUUCAGCAAAGAAUUAAAAUAUAAGCACAGCCCACGAUCCAAAAAAAAGCAUGUUUUUUUAUCUUAAGAAACAGACCUUUUAAUAUGUAUUUGCAUAUUUUGGAGCAGAGGGUGUGCUCUAUAUGAAAUAUUGAAAAAGAACACUUCAAUUAUAGGUAAUUUUCAAAGGAAUUUAUAGGAUAUUAGGAAAAUGGCGCAUAUUAUGACGUCAUAAUGCAUUGACUAGAGGGAAAAUUACAUCAUGAUUAAUAGAUACGUGGUCACCAACAUUCCCAGUAAUAAAUACUGUAUUUGCAACCUAAACAGAGCGGUUUUGAUUUUUCAGAAAUUCUCAGGGCCAAAGAAGGCCCAAAGUGGCUCUUGCUCUUUCAAUACCGAUCAUAUCUGAAAAUUUGAUGUUUAUUAGCAGUCCAAAAGUUUGGACUUCUGAUUUGAAUGAUUACUGUUUUACUUGUUUAAAAUGAGUUACAAUUUAUCCCUUGUGGUUAAUUAAAAAAAUGAUAUUUUUAUGUUAUGAAUAUGUAUCAUUAUUAAUAUUGAUAUCUUAAUUUAAAAGUUUUGUAUAAAAAAUGUACUUGUUGUUCUAAAACUGGUGUUUUCUUAUGUUUCUAAGUCUUUAAGUAUCAGAAAAUGAGAUUAAUUGUUUGCAAUUGUUAAAAAAACUUGAUAAACAAGAUGUGUUUGUGAAACACAAUGUCCCCCUGUGGCAGAUUAUUGUGAGGAUAGAAAUUUAUCAAAUGCAAGUCAAAAUCCAAAUCAAGGCCAGCCAGUCAAAAUUGUUGGUAUCCAAAGGAAGAUCUUGUCAAGAGUAAUAAACCUUUGUGAUAUGAAAGCCUUAAUACAAACAAUUCAAAAGUUAUGGCCAAGGUUAAUUUUUUUUGUUCAUAUUAUGUCAAUCCUUAAGGUCAAAGUAAGAAGAAAAUGUGUACCCUUUGAAAUGUGUUGUCGCAAUAAA